AUGCCUUUGUGGGUCGUGAAGCCUUCCCUCACAGAAAUUUGUUCUUCCCCGUCGAGCACUAUGAAGAAAAAGGGUGUGGAUGGCGACGCACCAUCUCUUCCCGAAGACAUCAUCAGAAACAUUCUGAAACGACUUCCUGUAAAAUCCCUAAUGCGAUUUCAAUGUGUCUGCAAGCAUUGGAGAAAUCUCUUCAAGAGCCCAUCUUUCAUCGUAGACCACCUCCACCACUCCACUCUUCAAAACCCUUAUCUCCUUUCCCAGCUACACGGCUGGGAUGCUCCUUCAAACUUAUAUUUGCUUGAUUCCGAUAUGCAAGUCCGGGAAUUUCAGCACCCUCCUUUGCUCGAUUAUGUGAAGCGCGGUAAGAUCGUUGAUUCCAGCAAUGGCUUGCUCUCUGUUGAAAUCAAUAAGUAUUAUGUAUCUCCUCAUUUCUUUUUAGUGUGGAAUCCAGCGAUUAGAGAGAUCAGACUGUUACCCGAAGCUAAUUUUCGAGAGGAUUAUUGUUUUUAUUUUAUAGGAUUUGGGUUCAGUCCAGUUAUUAAUGACUACAAGAUAGUGGUAACUUAUGUUUUUGAGGAUUAUAUUGAGCUUUCUGCUGUGAAAGUGUAUUCUUUAAACUCAGGUAUAUGGAAGGAUGUAAAAGUUACGCUUGAUGGUAGCGUACGUCUUAGUUCUCAAGGUGUCACUGUUAAUGGUGUUAUGUUUUGGUUUGUGUCAAACUUGGUUGGGCUGGAUACAUAUGAUGAUGAUGAGAAACGGAUUGCUUCAUUUGACCUAGCAACGGAAGUGUUUACAGUGAUACCAGUACCUGAGCAACGCUCUACUUCAUGGCUUACUGUGUAUGAGGAAAAACUUGCUAUGGUUUCUCAUUCUGUGAUUGGAAACACAGAACAUUGUGUUAUUGAUCUGUGGGUAAUGGAGGAAGGUAUAGGUGCAUCUGGGGAGAGAUGGAGUUGGACUAAGAAAUAUACUAGCAGCCCUUAUCCACGCUUGUUAUAUCCCGUGACCAUUUGGAGGAAUGAAAUUGUCUGCAAGGUUUCAAGACCCAGAGGCAAUACUGAAGAUGGGGUUGAAGUAGUGGAGAAUGAUGAACCAACUACUGUUCUCUUCAAUCUCACUACUAAAAAAUGUAAGGUGUUUGCUAUUAGCAAAUUUGACUAUCACCAUCUUGUUAUCGAUUAUGCCGAAAGCCUAGUUCCUGUUGGAGGAAUGAAAUCACUGGCAAAUUUUCUGUAG